UAGAGUUUAACCGGAUGUUGUGCGUUUUUGUCUAACUUGGCGUUCCUGCUGUGGGACAGGGGGGCAGGACUUUUACUCAAGUCAGAGUAAAGGAAACCAAACUAACAGGGAACAGGGAGGUAUUGCGUACCCAGGCCGAACUUAUAGUUAUCUGCAUCGUUUUAUAGUUAUAGAUCGUGAAAAUGAUCCAGUGCAUGCAGGGGAUGUUGUUGUUCUCUGUUCUGGUGGCGUUUGCAGGCUGCAACGCUCCUCCGGUCCCGUUAGACGACAUCUUCAUUGAGAAAACUUUCGUGCCGGAGCAGUGUGUGCGCGCAGUCAAAGAUGGGGAUUAUGUCAGGUAUCACUAUAAUGGCAUGUUCCCUGACGGCAAGAAGUUCGACUCCAGUUAUGAUCGCGGCAGCACCUACAACGUGUUUGUGGGCAAAAAGCAGCUUAUUGCAGGAAUGGACAAAGCUCUGGUGGGGAUGUGUGUCAAUGAGAGGCGACUAGUCAAGAUCCCUCCUAACCUUGCCUAUGGACAGCGAGGAUAUGGUGACAUUAUUCCACCCGACUCCAUCCUCCACUUUGACGUUCUGCUGCUCGAUGUGUGGAACCCGGAGGAUGGCGUCCAGGGCAACACCUACCACACACCCUCUGUCUGCUCCAGAAAGGUGGAGGUGUCUGACUAUGUCCGCUACCACUAUAACGGCACACUACUGGAUGGGACGCUUUUUGAUUCCAGCCACACCCGUAUGCGUACCUAUGACACCUAUGUUGGGAUUGGGUGGCUGAUUGCGGGAAUGGAUCAGGGCCUUCUGGGAAUGUGUGUUGGGGAGAGGCGUAUCAUCACUAUGCCACCAUCCCUUGGAUAUGGAGAGAAUGGAGAUGGUAGCGACAUCCCAGGACAGGCAUCUCUGGUGUUUGACGUUGUGCUUCUUGACCUUCACAACCCCAGAGAUGGGAUCGCAGUGACCAAUCAGGUGGUGCCAGAAACCUGCACCAGGAAGUCCGUGGCUGGAGAUUUUGUACGCUACCACUACAAUGGCAGCCUCCUCGAUGGAACGUUUUUUGACUCUAGCUAUUCCCGUAAUCGUACCUAUGACACAUAUGUCGGCCAAGGCUACGUGAUUAACGGCAUGGAUCAGGGUCUAAUUGGAGUCUGUGUCGGAGAGAAACGCACCAUCACCAUCCCCCCACAUCUCGCCUAUGGAGAGGAGGGUACAGGCUCUAAGAUCCCUGGUUCAGCUGUGCUGGUGUUUGACGUCCACAUCAUCGAUUUCCACAACCCAUCAGACAACACCGAGAUCUCCGUUACUUACAAGCCAGAGGAGUGUGAAAAGCAAACCAAGAAGGGCGAUUUUGUUAAAUAUCACUACAACGCUUCACUGCUGGACGGCACGUCCAUCGACUCAACGUACAAUUAUGGGAAAACAUACAACAUUGUUCUGGGAGCAAACCAGGUGGUGCCAGGGAUGGAGGAUGGGCUGAAGGACAUGUGUGUGGGAGAGAAAAGGCACCUAGUCAUUCCUCCCCACUUGGGCUAUGGGGAGAGAGGAGUCACUGACGAAGUUCCAGGGAGCGCUGUGAUGGUGUUUGACAUCGAGCUUGUAGAAAUGGAGGAAGGGCUUCCUGACGGCUACAUGUUCAUCUGGAACGACGAUGUGUCACCUGACCUCUUCGCUGAGAUGGAUAAGGAUGAGGAUAAGAAAGUAGAGCCCUCUGAGUUUACAGACUACAUCAUGCGUCAGGUGAGCGAGGGAAAAGGUCGCCUGGCUCCUGGCUUCGAUCCUUAUCGCAUCAUUGACAACAUGUUCUCCAAUCAGGACCGUAAUGGAGACGGAAAGAUCACAGAGUUGGAGUUCAAACUCAAAGCAGAUGAAUCAGCUGUCCAUGAUGAACUAUGACCGGACAGUGUCAAACUCAGAUCAGGGUGAAGGCUGAAGGGUCAAGGGCCCGAAUUAGAGCAGAAAAAUAUGGUGUUGUAUGUGAAAGGUAGGGAGAGAGGAUUUUGCUGAGAGAUUAUAUUUCUCUUUUAUUGUGAGAACAUAGAGGACAGUCAGAGGGCGUCUUGUCCUUUCAGGGCCAAAAGAGUCUGAGAAGUAAGACAAAAGAGGUCUAUUUUAAGGGCUAAGUAUUGGAAAGGAGAAACCUCACGUAAGGACUUUGAUGACAGCGAAUUAUCUUUUUUUUUACCUCCUGUCCCGUCAAGUUCUUGCCUUGUUUUAUGUGAUUUUUAUUUUAUUUUUUAGGGUUAAAAAGCACUCAUUUUUCUAUGUGAGAAAACGAAAGCCUCGCUCCUUUCAACACUCCUCCCUGACUUCAAAAAAAAAUCUUGUUUUAAUGACUUUCUUUCCGUGGGUGUCAGUCAGUCACCCCACACUGUAAUACACUGUGUUGGAGGCUGUUAUACUCAUCAAUACAUCUCAUGUGUUGAUGAAAGUGUUGCAAUAUAUGAAAGAGCUUUAAGUAAGAAAGGAGAUGUAUGUACAACGUUUAAAGCUAACAUCUUGAACAGUUUCACCUUUAAACAUCAGGACUCCAUCCUAAGGGUCCAAUCUUCCAAAACAACACCAAAAGGUCAAACUUUCUAAAAAGUUGCUGAGAACUUCCAGUCUUUCACUUUGCUUAUUUUCAACAAGGUUUUCUAUAGGCUAUUUUUGUCUCCAGCUCCUGAUUACAGUUCAAGUCUUUGUAUAUGUGUGUUUUUAUGUGAGAAAAAGAGACAAAAAAGUGUGUGAAUGUUUUAGCCUUUGAUUCAGGAGAAUAACGAGGCUUAAAGAUGAUAAAAAGUGAUUAAAUGACCUGACCUAAAUAUAU